GGGAAGUGGCGAUGGGGUGGAGUGGCCUCGUGGAUUUAGGGUUGCUGUUCUGGUCUAUGGUGUAGUGUUAGACACCGUCGUUUACUUGAGCUCGGAUUUGAUUUGAGGAUUGGAUUGAGGAGGGUGUUUCUCUCGUUCUCCGCGUCCUCCGAUCAAGUCAGGGAGUAUGGAUGGAGCAAUGCGCUGCCAUGGAGAUGGCAGCACGGACAUGCACAAGGCUGCAAGGGCUGGCAAGUGGGAGACGCUGAGAGCGCUACUUGAGGCUUUUGGAGAUCCAAACGUCAGAGACAAGAAGUCGAAGACCCCAAUUCAUGAGGCAUGUGCACAGGGCCAUGAAGCAUGUGUGAAGUUGUUAUUGGAUUAUGGAGCACUGAGUUCAGCACAUAAAACAAAUGGUUUCACUCCACUACAUUAUGCUGCAGCUGGUGGUCACGUAUCUAUUGUUCGCCUUCUGAUAUCUAGAGGUGCGGCAGUUGAUGGGGGAGAUCACAAAGGAGAGCGACCAAUAGAUGUAGCUGCUCGGGCUGGAUUCGUGAGCGUUGUGGAAUCCCUCCUUGAAUACGGAGCUGACGCAAACUCUCGAACAAAUAAUGGCCGCAGCUGUAUGCAUACCGCCGCGUUACACGGUCACAUUGAAGUGCUAAGAGUUUUACUGGAUGCUGGGGGAAAUCCAUCUGUAAUGGAUAAUGGUGGUGGGCAACCCAUACACGAAGCAGCAAGAGGGGGCCACGUGGGUUGUCUGGAAUUACUGUAUUCAAGGGGUGCAGACCUAAGUGCUCGUGACGCUAGUGGAUGCACUCCUCUUCAUUGUGCUGCAUCAGCUGGACAUGUGACGGCAGCUUGUUGGCUUGCUGAGAAGGGUGUUGACGUGGAAGCGAAAGAUUGCAAGGGUUCAACUGCCCUAUAUUGGGCCGCUAGCAGGGGACAGUUAGAGAUGGUACUAUUUUUGAUUAAGGUGGUAAAAGCCAACCCGUCAGCUGCAAAUAUGUACCGUUCAACUCUCCACGUUGCAGCAGGAUGGGGACAUGCAGAAAUAUGUAAACUCCUCCUCAAAGCUGGGGCGGAUGUGAAUGCCAGAGACAGAGAUGGCCUGACCGCGGUUGAUGUUGCCAGAAAUUCCAAUCACUUUCCUGAGCUAGCGGAGGUAUUUUCAACAUAAAUAUAACGGGAGUACUUUCUAUACCAACCGUUACCAUGGAAAUACAUUGUAUGGAUAAUAACAUUACACUCAGUGGCCAACUAGAGCUUAACGCUAAAAUAAGUACUUAGAGAAUUUGGUGAUUAACUACCCUGUACGGCCUCAGCUUUUGAUUCGAUACAGCCGCUAAUGAAAUAGCCGAAAUUAUCCAUGUCUGUUUGAGGCUCUGUUUGAGGCUCUGUUUGAGGUGCUCCUAAUCCCACCACAGCUUUUGCUAUUGCCACCAAACCUUGAUCUCACAAGGUUUUUUUUGUUCAGUAUUAUUGAACCAGUUCAAUCAACAAUUAGUUUGCUACAAUCCUA